AUGGAUGAAGGCCGCACACGCGGCGAUAUCCAGGCCGAGACCGGGCAGGUGCUCGGCGUUCACGAUUGCUCGCUCGAAGUGGGCGAGGGCGAGAUCGUCGUGCUGAUGGGCCUUUCGGGGUCCGGCAAGUCGACGCUGCUUCGCGCCGUCAACGGGCUCAAUCCGGUGGUGCGCGGCGCGGUGCGCGUCAAUGAUGGCGACCGGAUGGUCGAUGUCUCGUCAGCGGACGCGGCCACCUUGCGCCGUAUCCGGCUCGAGCGCGUCGCCAUGGUGUUCCAGCAGUUCGGGCUUUUGCCGUGGCGUACCGUGCGCGACAAUGUCGGGCUGGGGCUGGAACUGGCCGGCCUCGAAAAGGCCGAGCGCAACAGGCAGGUCGACGACCAGUUGGCGCUGGUGGGCCUCGAUGGCUGGGCCGACCGCAAGGUGGGGGAACUGUCGGGCGGCAUGCAGCAGCGCGUCGGUCUGGCGCGCGCCUUUGCGACAAACGCGCCGAUCCUUCUGAUGGACGAGCCGUUCUCGGCGCUCGAUCCGCUGAUCCGCACGCGGCUUCAGGACGAACUGAUCGACCUGCAGGGCAAGCUGAAGCGAACGAUCAUCUUCGUCAGUCACGAUCUGGACGAGGCGUUCAAGCUCGGCGACCGGAUCGCCAUCAUGGAAGGCGGGCGGAUCGUCCAGUGCGGCACGCCGCAGCAGAUCUUCUCCGACCCGGUCAACGAUUAUGUCGCCGACUUUGUCGCCCACAUGAACCCGCUGGGCGUCCUGUGCGCCCGCGACAUUAUGGGGCCGCCAGGGGAGGGUGCGACCGACACGGUCGGCGCCGACAUGAGCGUGCGCGACGUGAUGGAAAAGCUCCGCGCGGUCGAGGCGGUUGCGGUUACCGACGGGGACGAAGUCGUCGGCCGGAUCAGCCGCGCCGACGUGAUGGCCAAACUCCUCGAUCCGCGCGGCUGA